AAAAUGUUCUUUUAUCAGAUGAAUUGCAGGGUGCACAGUCAGAGACUGAGGCUAAGCAAGAAAUUCAGCAACUGCACAAGGAGCUGAUUGAAGCCCAAGAGCUAGCUAGGACAAGUAAACAAAAAUGCUUUGAACUUCAAGCACUAUUGGAAGAAGAGAGAAAAGCAUAUCGAGUGCAAGUUGAAGAAUCUAACAAACAAAUAAAUGUUCUGCAAGCUCAGUUGCGAAGAUUACAAGAAGAUAUUGAGAAUCUUCGUGAGGCAAAGGAGAAUGAAAUUUCAAGCACUCGAAAUGAACUAGUCAGUGCUCAAAAUGAGAUUCUGUCACUUCAGCAAAAAGCAGAAAAGGCAGCAUCAGAACGAGAUACAGAUAUUUCUGCGUUGCAAGAUGAGCUGCAAACAGUGCGAGCGGAACUCGAACGGUGGCGGAAAGAUGCCUCAGAUUACGAAAAAGAAAUUGUCAGUCUGCAAGCCAGUUUUCAGCAAAGAUGUCAGCAGUGUGAGGAUCAGCAGAAGGAAGAGGCUACUCGCUUAAAAGGUGAACUUGAGAAGUUGAAGGCAGAGUGGAGUGCUCUGGAAGCUGAAUGUGUUACACUAAGGAAGGAAAAUACUUUGCUUACGUCUGAACUUCAGCGACAGGAGAAGGAGCUUUCUAGCUCUCAGAAACAGAGUUUAGCGCUCACCAGCGAUAUAAGUGUUCUUGAAAUGUCUCGAAAGGAACUCGAAAAUCAGAUGGGAUCUUUGAGAGAAAAACAUCAACAGGAUGCAGCUAGUCUAAAAAGCCAACUCAGCGAAGCUGAGAGUCAAGCAAAAGAUGUUCAGAAAGAGUAUGAAAGAACACAGACUGUGCUCUCAGAGCUGAAGGCAAAGUAUGAGAUGGCUGAACAACAAAAUCAGUCACUCACGGAAGAACUCAAACAAUGUAAAGAAAACCUGAAGCUGCUACAAGAAAAAGGAAACAACAGACAAUGGCCUUGGAUGCCUGUGAUGGCAGCUUUGGUUGCUGUAACAGCCGUGGUGCUGUACCCAGGCCUAACCAGAGCUUCUCCAUGAGAACUGUUGUUGAAUCCAUACACCGUCCUCCCUUUAGAAGCUGGCAACAUUCAUAUACUGAGGGAAAACAGAUUAAUUCUCUUCCUUUUUACCUCUUAAUACAGCACAGCUCUGCGUGAGAACAGCAGUAGGGUCAUUUGCUUUAAACUGUAUAAAAUGUAUCUGUCUGUAAAGAGGGAAUAAAAUUGUGAUUCAUCAUAC